CGAUCCACACUCCCCUGCCAUCCACCCACAAGCCCACAUCACAUCCCCGCCGGUGCGACGAUAUCCUGCACUGGCCAAAGGGACGAGUGGAGAGAGGUGUGACUGGAGGUACAGUUUCCUUCUUUUCCCUCCCUCUUACACUGCUACAACAGAAGCACUUCGAGAGGGGAAAAAACAACCACGUGCUUGAGUUUACGUGGAGUUUUAGUGAGGGAGGCUGAGGCAGAGAGUGAAGUGCCAGGCAAGGAGAGGAGUUAGAAGAAAAAAGAUUAAGGAGGAAGAACUGAAGGUCAUUGUAACAGAACACAAGGAGACGCUCCGAGAAGGAAAAACAUUGUAAAUUAAAAAGACAACGCACUCAUUAAAUGACUAUAAGUAUGGAAGAAAAGGCCGAUAAAUUAGUCUUAAAAAACAGAGGAUAAGUAACUUCAAAGAAAACAUCAGCAAAAUACAGUGUGCCUCAUGUUUAAAGAGAGAUUUAUGUUCUUCCUUUGCAGUAUAUGGCGAAUAGUAUUUUUUUGUUGUCUCUAACAGACCUACGGUACAGAUCUCGUUCCGUUGGAAAAUCUAACGGUGUCACACAAACUCCUGAAUCCUAACAUAGACAUUAUUAUUUUUCCCUCUUUCUUUGGAUGUUCCUCUCCAGCUCAGCUUGCUGAAGGUAUAUUCACUUCCUAAGAGAAUACCUGCAAGAUUAUUUUGAUGUCAACGGAAGGCAAACUUUAUCACGCUUGACAUUUCAUACCCUGAAUAAGUCCUGUGGACCAAUAAUAGUAAAAAUACUUUAAUAAGAAGUUUGUCAAUAAAUUAAAGGAUAGAUACUGCAUUACUGAAAAUUAACUCCAAGUUUCACCGGCAAACUCCACCCAACAUUACGAUGCAGGGGAAGAGCUAUUUGGCUUGGGCUAUUAUCUUCCUGACCGUGGCGAGGACUGUUAGGUUGACGGCAGCGCAGGAGUUCAUAUACACAAAGUUCUCAUGUGACGACAUGAUACCACAACAUACGACAGAGGUCACCAGGCUGUUGGAGGAGGAGAAAGCAGAGAUGGAGUCAAAUCAUGUCAACACCCCGACUUCACCAAUGACCGAGGAGGAAGAGGAGAGUUCAGGUUCAAAUACCACAACUACUACCACCACACACCACCACAACCACCACCAGAACCUCCACCUGUCCCUAAGGCCCAGAUGUACAGUGGGAACAUCAACAUGCAGAUACUCACCAGCGAGGACAAGUACCGACGCCUUAAGACUCUGGAAGUCACUCUACAAUCCUCGGACUACAUCAACGGGUUCCUGCUACAGGCGAGGAAGGUCGAGCAAUCCAAAACUGUGGUGGGGACCUUCCUCCGCUCACCUCACCGAGGAAACAUCAUAUCUUGCAAUAGCUCAAUGGCGAAUACGGUGGUGAUGGAGACAGCCCCCCUGCGCCUUGCCAACCUCUCCUUUACCUGGCUGGCUCCUGAAGCUAGUAUGGGCACCAUUGAAUUCGUUGCCAGCGUACUGGUGAACAAGAGUACCAGCUACAAAAUCAUUAGAUCGGACCCCCUGAAGCUGAACCUGUACCGUAAGUAGCUUUCUUCAGUAAAUGAAUGAAAAGAAACAGAGAUGGAUAGAUUGAGUAACAAAUAAACUGAUAAGUAUCAAAUUUACUAAAUAGACUUAUGUCAUAUGUAUGUAAAUAUUUAAAAGAAUGCAUCCAUCCACUUAUAAAUACGUAAGAACAUACAUAUACAUAUUAGAAAAGUACUGGUUACGUUUUGGAGUCAAUGAAUUGCCUUUUGGGAGCCUAACAUUA